GCGGCCCGAGGCGGCGGCGGGGACGCGGGGACGCGGCUUUGUGCUGGCGGGUCGCGGGGCGCCCAUGGCGGAGUGCGGCCGGGGGGGCACCGCCGGCGGGGCCCUACCCACCUCCCCGAGCCCGGCCCUCGGCACCAAGGGUUCUCUGAAAGCCACAGCCGGGGAAGGCGGCGGCGGCGGCGGGGGAGGUCGCCUCGGCCACGGGCGGGCGCGCUAUGACAGCGGCGGGGUUUCUAACGGAGACUGCAGCCUCAGCGUGUCUGGGGACGAAGCCAGAGCCAGCCCCGCCAAGGGACCACACGGCACUGCGAUCGCCCUGACCCCCAGUCCGGCCGCUGGCCCCCUCCCCCGGGAGAGCAAGCCAGGAGGCCUGCCCCGCCGGAGCAGCAUCAUCAAGGAUGGUACAAAACAGAGAAGAGAACGGAAAAAGACUGUAUCGUUCAGCAGCAUGCCAACAGAGAAGAAGAUCAGCAGUGCCAGUGAUUGUAUCAAUUCAAUGCUGGAGGGUUCAGAACUCAAAAAGGUCCGGUCCAACUCUAGAAUUUACCAUAGAUAUUUUUUACUGGACGCCGACAUGCAGAGCCUGAGGUGGGAGCCGUCCAAGAAAGAUUCUGAGAAGGCCAAGAUUGAUAUUAAAUCCAUUAAGGAAGUGAGAACAGGAAAAAAUACAGACAUAUUCCGCAGCAAUGGCAUUUCUGAACAGAUAUCUGAAGACUGUGCAUUUUCAGUCAUAUAUGGAGAGAAUUAUGAGUCACUUGAUUUGGUUGCCAACUCUGCAGAUGUUGCAAACAUCUGGGUUACCGGACUGCGGUAUCUAAUUUCUUAUGGAAAACAUACACUUGAUAUGUUAGAAAGCAGCCAAGACAACAUGAGGACUUCUUGGGUUUCCCAAAUGUUUAGUGAAGUAGAUUUAGAUGACCUUGGACAUGUCACUCUGUGUAAUGCUGUGCAAUGCAUCAGAAACCUCAAUCCUGGUUUGAAAACUAGCAAAAUUGAGCUGAAGUUCAAAGAAUUACACAAAUCCAAGGACAAAGCUGGGACUGAAGUCACAAAGGACGAGUUUAUUGAGGUUUUCCAUGAGCUUUGUACUAGACCCGAAAUUUAUUUCCUUUUAGUUCAGUUUUCAAGCAAUAAAGAAUUCCUUGAUACCAAGGACCUUAUGAUGUUUCUGGAGGCAGAGCAGGGUGUGGCACAUAUAAAUGAGGAAAUAAGCCUUGAAAUUAUUCACAAAUAUGAGCCAUCCAAAGAGGGUCAGGAAAAAGGCUGGCUCUCCAUAGAUGGAUUCACAAAUUACCUUAUGUCACCUGACUGUUACAUAUUUGAUCCGGAGCAUAAGAAAGUUUGUCAGGAUAUGAAGCAACCUUUGUCUCAUUACUUUAUAAACUCAUCUCAUAAUACAUACUUAAUAGAGGAUCAGUUCCGGGGUCCCUCUGAUAUCACAGGAUACAUUCGAGCUCUUAAAAUGGGUUGCCGGAGUGUUGAAUUAGAUGUAUGGGAUGGGCCAGAUAAUGAACCUGUCAUUUACACGGGCCACACCAUGACCUCCCAGAUAGUCUUCCGCAGUGUCGUUGAUAUUAUUAACAAGUAUGCAUUCUUUGCUUCAGAGUAUCCUCUUAUUUUGUGUUUAGAAAACCACUGUUCUAUUAAACAACAGAAGAUAAUGGUUCAACACAUGAAGAAAAUCUUAGGAGAUAGGCUCUAUACAACAUUACCUAAUGUGGAGGAGUCUUAUCUGCCAUCCCCAGAUGCCCUAAAAGGAAAAAUACUGAUUAAAGCAAAGAAGCUUUCCUCAAAUUGCUCUGGAGUAGAAGGAGAUGUUACUGAUGAGGAUGAAGGAGCAGAAAUGUCUCAGAGGAUGGGAAAGGAGAAUGCAGAGCAGCAGCCCAACCAUGUGCCUAUGAAGCGAUUUCAGCUUUGUAAAGAACUCUCUGAGCUGGUCAGCAUAUGUAAAUCAGUUCAGUUCAAAGAAUUUCAGGUGUCAUUUCAGGUUCAGAAGUACUGGGAAGUCUGUUCUUUUAAUGAAGUGCUUGCCAGCAAAUACGCCAAUGAAAAUCCAGGGGACUUUGUAAACUAUAACAAGCGUUUUCUUGCUCGGGUUUUUCCUAGCCCAAUGAGAAUUGACUCUAGUAACAUGAACCCUCAAGAUUUUUGGAAAUGUGGCUGUCAAAUAGUAGCCAUGAACUUUCAGACACCAGGAUUGAUGAUGGACCUGAACAUCGGCUGGUUUAGACAGAAUGGGAAUUGUGGCUAUGUCCUCCGGCCAGCCAUCAUGAGGGAGGAAGUCUCCUUCUUCAGCGCCAAUACAAAAGACUCAGUCCCAGGAGUUUCACCUCAGCUUCUUCACAUUAAAAUCAUCAGCGGGCAGAACUUUCCCAAACCCAAAGGAUCAGGUGCCAAAGGUGAUGUGGUGGAUCCUUACGUCUAUGUUGAAAUUCACGGCAUCCCUGCUGAUUGUGCAGAACAAAGGACCAAAACUGUGCACCAGAAUGGAGACACUCCCAUUUUCGACGAGAGCUUUGAAUUUCAGAUCAACCUACCUGAACUGGCCAUGGUACGCUUCGUAGUGCUAGAUGAUGAUUACAUCGGGGAUGAAUUUAUAGGUCAGUACACAAUUCCCUUUGAAUGUUUACAGACAGGCUACCGCCAUGUGCCCCUGCAAUCGCUGACUGGAGAGGUCCUCGCACACGCUUCUUUAUUUGUCCACGUGGCUAUUACUAACCGAAGAGGAGGAGGGAAACCUCACAAGAGAGGCCUGUCUGUGAGAAAAGGGAAGAAGUCCAGGGAAUAUGCAUCACUGAGAACACUGUGGAUUAAAACUGUAGAUGAGGUUUUCAAGAAUGCCCAGCCCCCCAUACGGGAUGCCACCGAUCUGAGAGAGAACAUGCAGAAUGCAGUGGUGUCUUUCAAGGAGCUGUGUGGGCUCUCUUCUGUGGCCAAUCUCAUGCAGUGCAUGUUGGCAGUCUCUCCUCGUUUCCUGGGGCCUGAUAACGCCCCCCUGGUGGUACUGAAUCUCAGCGAGCAAUAUCCCACAAUGGAGUUGCAGGGGAUCGUACCUGAGGUUCUAAAGAAGAUUGUAACGACCUAUGACACGAUGAUACAGUCCCUCAAGGCAUUGAUUGAAAAUGCAGAUGCUGUGUAUGAAAAAAUUGUACAUUGUCAAAAGGCUGCCAUGGAAUUCCACGAACACUUGCACAGCAUAGGCACAAAGGAAGGUCUGAAGGAAAGAAAACUACAAAAAGCAGUGGAGAGCUUUACCUGGAAUAUUACCAUCUUAAAGGGACAAGCGGAUCUUUUGAAAUAUGCUAAGAACGAGACUAUGGAGAAUCUGAAACAAAUCCAUUAUGCUGCUGUCUCAUGUGGACUGAAUAAACCAGGCACCGAACAUGCUGACAUUCAGAAGCCACGCCGGAGCCUGGAAGUCAUACCUGAAAAAGCAAAUGAUGAAACUGGAGAAUGAAGGAACUUUCUAGAAAUCAUUAUGGAGUUUAUAACUCUAGGACCAAUUGUAGUCAAAUGGAACAUUUGCUUUGCACUCACUAAUGAAAAUAAUAUUUGGAAUUUUAAAGCACAACUGGAAUAGCUCAUUACAGUCUAUUAAAACUGUGAAUGUAUGUAGCAAUCCUGCGUGUGAAGGCAAAUAAACUCCUUAACAAGAAAUUAUAUUCCUGGCCAAAAUAUGCUAUAUUUGUAUACAAAGACAUCAUAACUCAGUUACGGUGUGAAGAACAGAAUAUUCACUCGAGUUCCAUUGAGAAACAAACGUUUUCCUAACUGAAAAUGAUUUCUUAAGAUGGAAAUGGUCUGGAGUGUCAAAUUAGUAUUUAUUGGAGAGAAAAAACAAAACCCAACCAAGACUAAUCUAUACAUUUCUUCUUUUCUGUGUGAUUGUAAAUGAUUUCGGUGGCAUGCUUGCUGAGCCAUAAGUACUAAGGAGAAUGUAAUUGGACAGGUUUCCUGAAUUGCAGGGCACCUGGAGAGCCAUCAUGUACAAGGACAACGUGCAAUUGGACUGAAACUCCCUGACUGAAGACACAGAUUCUGUCAGUAAAUGGGGGGGCCAUACCAUGUAAUAGCAGUUCAAUCUGGAAGCAACACACUGUAAAUAGUUUUUCAUUGUGUGAAGUAGUGUUCACAUUAAAAAGAUGUUUUAUGAUAUUUCUCCAAUA